UUUGCACCUUACAGCGCGCUCGUUUGGAGUGUGCUCGACGUUUCAGUAUUUUUUAAGAUGGCUAGUCCGAGGACCCGGAGGGUUUUGAUGGAUGUUAAGAAAGUUAACGCUAACCACCUGUGCUUUGAAUGCGGGUCCCCUAAUCCUCAAUGGGCUAGCGUAACCUACGGUAUAUGGAUAUGCUUAGAGUGUUCUGGGAAACACCGGGGAUUAGGUGUUCAUUUGAGUUUUGUUCGUUCAAUUAACAUGGAUAAAUGGAAAGAACUGGAGUUAGAGAAAAUGAAAGUCGGUGGCAACAAACAUGCUAAGGAGUUCUUCGCUUCACAACCAGACUAUAGACCUCAGUGGACUCUUCAAGAAAAGUAUAAUAGCAGAGCUGCCGCUCUGUUAAGAGAUAAGAUAGCUACUGAAGCGUCCGGUAGAACGUGGAGUGAAGAAACUUCUAGUGUCUGUAAUACGCGUACCAGUAUAAGCCACGUGAAAACAACGAGUGAUCUGCCAUCUUUAUCUUCAGAUAAAUCAAGCUCAAAUAACUUUCGUAAAGACCACCAGACUUCUGCAUAUAAUUCUGGACCUAACAGAAUGCCCAAUUGCCAUUCAGAUUUAGAAUCCUGGUUAAAAGACACAAGUUUAUCAGAAGAGCGUAGUUCUUCUAAAGAAAUUCCAGAUUGGGCUAAUUCUAGGUCGACGAAUAGCAUGGGCUACGAUAGUUCUUCGGCUAGGCACUAUUCACUGGUACCUGAGAGUAGUAAUGAUGCCUCCACAUGGCAAUCAGGUUGGGCUAUGUUCAGUCAGGUGGCUUCCGCAGCUGCUAGGCGUACAAGUGAAUUAGCUUCUCAGGCUACUCAAAAAACCAAAGAAAUAACACAUUCUGUUCACGAGAAAGUUAAAGAUAGCAAUAUUUUGGAUUCGUUGUCAAAAGGUGUUGACACUGUAGCAACUAAGUUACAAACAGUCAAGACUCAAGGGAUUCGAAGUUUUGAGUCAUAUUGGACUUGUAACCCACAGUCGGACUUGUCCACUGGGAACUCUGAAAAGUCCUAUGGGUCCACUCGUUUUGGUUCACGUGAGCAAGAUUUAUCUAAUUCAGAUCUACAGCGUUCAGCCGAUUCGUCGUAUAAUAGAAUUGAAAACAAAGAAGCCUUCUUUUCGGAUGCAAAAUGGACUUCUAGUGAAAAUUGUGGCUGGGAUUUAAGCAAUGAUCAAGAUUGGGGGUCAGUUGAUAAUUGGUCGACUGUAUCGCCAACAUCAUCUGAUCAGUCAGUCAUGCGACGUGAUUCAAAAUUCACUGCUGCCGGAUGCAAUCGAAGUAGAAAGAAUUCCUAAAUUGCCAAAUUGUCAUUGAGUGCUUACUUCUCGUUCUUGUCUUCUUUUCUAUAUUACUGUGGUGCACAAAGGUGGUCGUAUUAAAAUUGUAUGUGUGUGUGUGUGUGUUGAUUUUCCUAUCGACACACUCUCUACACUAACCAGGUGAAUGACUUUCUUCUUGCUUUUGUUUAUACUACUUUACAUCUCUUUUUGAAAAUUUUAUUUACUAUCAUUUCUGCUAAAUCUCACACUUAAAAAGAAAACUAAUCCCUCCCUUUUUUUAAAGUUUGUAUAAUUCGAUUGACUUCUUCAAGUGAUCGAUCGAUCAAGUUUUGUCGUUUUUUUGGUAUGCUUAAAUUUUUCUCUCCCUGUCGGUAUGACGAUAUUAUCGACGCCGGCGCUGAUUAUGAUUGUGAUAUGUGCAUAUAUCUAAACCCGUAGUGAUUCUCCUCUUUGUUUAUCUUUCACAAUUUCUAUCUUUCUAUGGGUUGGUUAUUUAUUUUGGCCGGUAAAGUCAAAAACAGUUGGUUGGUGAUUUUUCUCUGCAGUGCAUGUGUUUAUUUAGUAACAUUUAUUGGUAGUUUGUGGCAGUAUAGUAUUAUAGGGUGAGAUUUCUUUUUAUUCACAAUUUGAAUAUCUCUUUUAUGCUUUAUUAUGUUAUAUUAUAUAUCUGUGGUGACAUUUUUCAAAGAGACAAAGAGCUCCCAGUGCUAUAUAUAUAUAUAUA